GCUGUUUCGUGUUGCAGAAGAAGACCUAACAAUCCUGGAGAACGAGAUCUUGAGUUAUUUGACGAAACAGAGAUAGACGGAGAUGGGUUCUGAAGAGAGCUGGGAUCGAGAGACGGGAUGUCAAGCUCCUGAAAAUCACAGGCCUUGCGCGAAUGGGUGUGGCUUCUUUGGUACGCCAGCGACUUUGAAUCUCUGCUCCAAGUGCUACGGGGAUUUCUGCAUCAAAGAACAGCAAGCGGCUUCUGUCAAGGUUGCCGUGGAGAGAUCUCUCAGUCCAACGAAAUCAAAAACAUCAACGCAGCAACAACAACAACAACAAUUAUCUGCCCUUUCUUUGUUCGUUGAUUCUUCUUCUUUGGCUCUUCCGUCAUCGUCAUCAUCUUCAUCUUCGUCAUCUUAUUCUGCUUUUAAUUCCACAGCAACUGGUGUUGUUGGGGUUGAAUCAGGGGUGAAGAAGAGGUGUGUGAGCUGUAAGAAGCGAGUUGGGAUACUUGGGUUCAAUUGCAGGUGUGGCAGUAUUUUCUGCUCGGAACAUCGGUACCCAGAGCUGCAUGCUUGCACGUUCGAUUUCAAGUCGAUGGGUCGGGAAGCCAUUGCCAAGGCUAAUCCUGUAGUGAAAGCUGAUAAGGUUCGGAGGUUCUGAAACUUCCCUUGUGACUCAUCUCUUCCUGUUAGGUGUUUGUCCUUUUUUUUUUUUUAAGUUUCAAAGUUUCAUGUUCUGUUCUUUCCUUUGGUUGGUUCAUGUUCUAUAAAAGAAAGGUUGCGUUGCUCUGUUG